UCAUCUUCUCCUAAAUCCAUCAAAUAUUUCACCUUUUUUUAGUUUUUAGUUUUUGUUUUUCUUAAAUGCCUGCCAUUUCCCCCUUUUUGAUGGAUUUACAGUUUUGGGUGUUUGGUUUUAUAUGCUGGGUGCUUCUUCUGUAGUGAAAUGAAUGAUUCUUGAUGGCACAGUCUAGAAAGUUUUGACUUGUUCAAAUACUUCUUACCAUUUCAGAUUUUCUGUCAGAUUUGCAAUUUGGGUUCUUUGAUUUCAUCUAUCUGGUGAUUCUUUCUUUACUGAAAUGAGUAAUUCUGAUGGCUGGAUGGUUGACUUUCCUUAUGCUUGUUAAAUAUAAGCUUGCCAAUGAAUUGCCCUUUUUGGUUUUUUCUUUUCCCUUUCCUAAUAACCUUUUGUGGAAAUGUAAAGUUGAAGUGAUCUUCUUAGCUUUUGGUCUGUUGAGGUGCUUUUGCAGGGUUUUUGUAUUGUCAUCAUCACAUCAUGUGUAGAUUAGUAAUGGUUGUGUUUUCUUUGUGUUUCUGCAUUGUGCCAAAACUGGAAAUGGGAUUGUCUCAUAGUGGACUGGUUUUAAUGGAAAUAAUGUCUAAUCUAACUGUUAAUAGAGUUCAAGACACCAUUAAAGAAAAAUUUCACCCAAAAUAGUUCGUUUUUCGUUUUUGUGAGACAGUUUUGCUUGAAUACAAUGGCUGUUUUAAGGUCGUUCUUGCAACCUCAUAUAUUUGGAAGGUCUUAGAUUCUGCACUGUGCCAAAACUGGAAAUGGGAUUGUCUCCUAGUGGUAGUGGACUGUUAUUAAUGGAAAUAACGUCUAAGCUAACUGUUAAUAGAGUUCAAGUCACCAUUGAAGAAAAGCUUCCCUCAAGAUUGUUCGUUUUUCGUUUUAGUGAGACAGUUUUACUUGAAUUCAAUGACUGUUUUAAGGUCGUUCUUCCAACCUCAUAUUUUCUAACUCCGUGUUUUCCCUUUGCUCUUUCCUUCAGUCUUUCCAAUGCCGACAUGGGAAGGCUUAUCUCUUCAAUAAGAGUGAAUGUCACUUGUGGAGCAAAUGAAGAUCGACACAUGAUGACUGGCGUGCACACUGUUGCAGACAUUUUCUGUGUCUGUUGUGGCUCAAUCGUUGGCUGGAAAUAUGAAACUGCACAUGACGAGAGUCAAAAGUACAAAGAAGGCAAAUCGGUUCUUGAACGGUUUAAGAUUUCCGGCCCCGAUGGGAGCAGCUACUGGACCAGCCGCGAAACUCGCGCCCCCAGCGACACCGAAGACGUUUGAUCACAUUUCAUCCUUAAACUUCAACUGUACAUCCUUCACUCACUAAACUUCUGGAUUCUGCAAUUUCGGGUUAACUUAUCCCGCGGUUUUUGCGAUGAAACACUGCAACACAUUUGAUCAUCCUUAAUCAAUGUCUGAACAUCUCGUGACUCAGUGGUUGCAGUUUCUAUAUCAUCAUGAAUUCUUAAUUUCAGUGAAAAAAUUUAGGUACCCAAAAGUCUAUCCUACCAGCAAUUUAUGGUGUUUUUGGUGCUAUAAUGAUUCCAAUUCCCAAAUAAUAUGUACAAGAUUAUGUUGCAA